AUGAAAUUUAUUCCAUUAUUUUUUACAAUAUCUCUUAUUUGUGCGUAUGUUAUAUUUGAAUUAUAUGUUAUAUUACCAACAAUUUAUCAUAAUAUAUUUAUUUAUAAAGAAAUUUUACAUCUUAUAUUUGGUUUUUAUGUUAUUUUUAAUUUAAUUGGAAAUUUAUAUUUAUAUAUAAUUACAGAUACAUCAAUUGAUACGAUAAUUUGCCCUGCUUUAUUACCAUCAGUAAUAGUAACUCCAAUAUCAACAGAAAAAAACACAACAAGAUAUUAUUUAUUAUCAUUGUAA